AUGAACACCACAAACGGUUUCCUUGCUGGAUUCGACAACCGGCUAUGCACGGCAGGACACUCUAAUCAAAAGCGGUCACAGGAAGAGGAACUUAGCAACAUGGAUCCGUAUCCACUCGUUGAGGCACCAUUCACCAUGACCACUCGAGAUCCCUUUGAGGGUGAUCUAGGAUUCCUUCUAGAUUUCAUGCCGUCCUCACCACUCUUUGAUUCGAGUGGAAUGGAUUCUAAUAAAGAACAGGUGCUGAAAGGGUCCAUUGGGCACGAUGAAUACAAAGACGAGACUUGUGCUGGUUUCAAAAGAAACUACCAAGUGUUUGAUUCCACUGAAACGGAAUCUAAUCAAGAGCACAGCCCGAAAAGGCGCAUGGAACACGACGCAGGGUUUUACCAGACCGACAGCAGAGCGCCUUCCCUUAAGCGAAGUCGUAAAGGCGAAGGUGCGGAAAGCAGUGCUCCCGCCGGUGAUGCGAGUCCAAUUGCUCAAGAAGCACUUCCCCGUUUUCGAGACUACCAAGAGACUCAGUGGCAGGAGCACUUUCGUGGUCUUCUUGAGUUCAAACAGAAGCAUGGGCAUUGCUGCGUUCCAAAUAAACUCAACGAGAAUCCGAUUCUUGGAAGAUGGGUUAAGAGACAAAGGCAUCAACACAAACUACUAAAACAGGGCCACAAAUCAACGCUGAUCCCUCACCGCGUCAAAGCGUUGGAAGAUGCUGGAUUUAUCUGGGAUUCCCAUGCUGCGCUGUGGGAAGAGAGGCUAAACGAACUAAAAAAGUAUCGCCGAUUCCAUGGCCACUGCAAUGUGCCAUCGACUUUCUCUCAGAAUCCGCAGCUAUCAACUUGGGUGAAAUGUCAGCGCCGCCAAUAUAGGCUAUACUUUGAUCAGAAAGCGUCCUCCAACUUGACGGAAGAGCGCAUAUCCGCAUUGAACCAGCUUGGUUUUAAGUGGGAUGAGCACGACGCUAUUCUGAUCGCUCGUUGCAUGAUGCAGAUCAAGACGAAGUUUGAUACUGAUGAAGGUCUGAACUUCAUCCAACAGUAUUACAUCAAUCAAGGACUGAAGAAGUUUGGUGAUGAUGGAAAAGAUGCUGUGGAUAAGGAAUCGGGACAAAUGCUCCUGAGAGAUUGUUUUACUCCCGAAUUUGUGAAAGACAUGACCGCGUCUGAGCAAAAGAAGGCGAUAACGAUUUACUGGAAGCUGGUAAAGGAAAGUUACUCAAUGCUGAGUACCGUCAAAUAA